AUGUCCCGAGAGGAGCAGUACAAACAUAUCCUGAGGCUCGUUCAGGAUGGCAAGCUAUGCCAGUUACAAGAACUGCAGGCACAUGCGGGUCUGUUCAGUGAGCUUCCUAUGAAGCACUUUGGGCGAUCUGGUGAUACAUUGUUGCAUUAUGCUGCCAGGCAUGGACACCUUCCUAUAGUUACUUAUUUGGUGGAGGCUAUGGCCAUGGAUGUAGAGGUACUGAACAAUGACUACAAGAGACCGCUCCAUGAAGCUGCAUCCAUGGGUCACAGAGACUGCUUGUUAUACCUGCUGAGGAAGGGAGCCCAGGUGGACUGUUUGAAAAAGGCUGACUGGACACCUUCGAUGAUGGCUUGUACCAGGAAAAACCUAGAUAUUAUCAAAGAUCUGAUUGAGCACAAAGCAAACCCCAUGCUGAAAAAUAAGGAUGGCUGGAACUGUUUUCAUAUUGCAUCAAGGGAGGGAGAACCAGCAAUUAUCAAAUAUUUGCUUGAUUUCUUUCCUGAUAUUUGGAACACUGAGAGCAAGAUAAAGAGGACGCCAUUACACACAGCAGCAAUGCAUGGCUGUUUUGAUGUUGUAAAGAUUCUUCUUGAAAGAUGCAGUUAUAACCCUGACUGCAAGGACAGCUGUGGAGUGACACCUUUCAUGGAUGCUAUCCAGAAUGGCCAUCUGCCCAUUGCUCAACUCCUCUAUGAAAAAAAGAAGGUUUGCUUCACAGCUAGGGAUAAGAUGGGAGCCCAGGCAUUGCAUCUAGCUGCUGUUACAGGACAUGACCAGUCUCUCUAUUACCUGGUGUCUAGUCUUGGCGUGAACGUAAAUGAAAGAGCAACGUCAAUCCAGCUAAGCCCACUGCACUAUGCUGCUAAGGAAGGACAUGUCGGCUGUCUCACAACUCUUCUAUCCCUUGGUGCUGACUUGAACUGCCUAGAUUCCAAAGGAAGGUCAGCCCUUCACAUGGCAGCUUCUGGCCAGCAUGCAGAAUGUGUUCACUUUCUCUUGAAAUCUGGGCUAAAGGACACAGCAGACUCCCAUGGAACAUUUGCAGAACAACUUGCCAAGAAACCCACAGUCAAGAAUAUUUUUACAUAUUUUAAAGACAUAUUGCAAAAAGGAAUUGAUUAAGGAUAAAGCUGGAAACAUAUUGUUCGACUGUCUCUGCUGGAGUGCUUCUAAUGGCUGAC